AUGGAUGUGUGCAUGUCAUUGACUCAUUGGCUGGCCCCCUCCCUUCCUCCUACACUCUUGUUGUUUUGCUAGGAUGAGUGGAAGAUCACACACGACAGAUAUCCCCCUUCCCUCAUCCUCAUCCUCUCACCUCUCUCUCUCCUCUUAACAUUUUAUACUUUCUUCAUCUUGUAGGAAUUUUAAUAUUUCUUGGUUUUAGCUAACAAACAAGCUUGCUUUGUCAGUUUAAAUCUCAAGUAAGAUGAACAUAUAGUGGCUGCAGCCUGGAUGCAUGGUCUACUCCAGAAGGAAAAGAUGAUGAUUAUAUAGAGAAAGGACGUGAGGAGAAAAUAUACAGUGAUCAAUAGUAGAAGAAAGAUCGAAAAAUGUCGAAUAUAAGUAGUGCAUCAGGUAAUCAAACAAGUGCUUCCUCGGGUGUCAAUCUUAUAGCUCAUGAAAUCAACCAACCACCACUAAAGAGAAAGAGAAAUUUACCAGGAAACCCAGACCCGGAUGCAGAAGUGAUAGCACUGUCGCCAACAACCCUAAUGGCAAGGAACCGAUUUGUAUGCGAAAUAUGUAACAAGGGUUUCCAGAGGGAUCAGAAUCUGCAGUUGCACAGAAGAGGGCACAAUCUGCCGUGGAAGUUGAAGCAGAGAAACAGCAAGGAGGCGGUGAGAAAGAAAGUGUAUGUGUGCCCGGAAACAAGCUGCGUGCACCAUGAGGCUUCAAGGGCGCUUGGAGACCUGACCGGAAUAAAGAAGCAUUUCUCCAGAAAGCACGGGGAGAAGAAGUGGAAAUGUGAGCGAUGUAAUAAGCGGUAUGCAGUUCAGUCUGACUGGAAAGCUCAUUCCAAGACCUGUGGCACCAAAGAGUACAGAUGUGACUGUGGAACCAUCUUCUCUAGGAGAGACAGUUUUAUAACACACAGAGCCUUCUGUGAUGCUCUAGCAGAAGAAACUACCAAGUCAAUUCCUGCUCUUGCUGCUUCUGCAAAUGCUAAUCCAGUUCAUCAACCUGCAGCACCAACUAGUACUACUAGUACUUCAGAUAAUGUUAAUAAUAAUUCAUCACUUCCACCCCAAUUAUUCAACAACUUGACCCAUCACUUCAAUGCCUUCUCCAUGAAAAAAGAGCAGCAGCAGCAACAAAUUCCACAAUGGCUAGCUCCUCUGGGCCUGGCCCCACAUGCACAAACUCCCAUGACUACUUACAAUCACCAACAACAAUUUACUGAUCAUCAUCAGAUAUCACCUUAUCAUCAACAUCUCACUCAGCCAAUCACCUCUCCAGAUAAUCCAAACCCUAACCCUAGCUCCACUGGACCCGGACCCACUCGUGCCUCGCCUUAUAUCAUGAAAUCUGUAACAGCAGACAUGACCUCCCCACACAUGUCUGCAACAGCAUUGCUUCAAAAAGCAGCUCUGAUGGGUGCAACCAUGAGCACCCAAACUAGCACGUCAUCGCUACCGUCCAUGAGCAUGAUCGGCUUGAUGAAACCCCACCAACCUCAAGCUGAGGAGGCCAGUAGGGUUUUGUCUUCAUUCAACAAUAAAGAUGCUUAUAAUUCUUGUCUUACUAUGGAGCAGGAAUCACAUGCAGCAGCAACUGCAGCUGCACCCUCACAUCAAGAUCGUCAUUUGGUUUUUGAUCAAGGGUCAAGAGUAACUCCCUUUCAAGAGUUUGCAUUUAAGACAGCUGGAAAUGAUGAUGGAAUGACCAGAGAUUUUCUUGGUCUCAGGCCUCUUUCAAAUUCCGAGAUUCUCGAUAUAGCUAAUUUGCAGCCUAACUAUAUGAAUCCUAACAAUACUAGUAAAUCUGCUGAUCAUACCGUUAUUUAAUUGAUUUGAUCAUCAUAUAUUAUACGAUUUGGCAGGUACAUGGGUUAAUUAGUUAGCCUUUUAUCAUCAGCUAAGUUUUGAUA